AUGACAUUCACUUUGGUAGUCGCCUUCUUAAUGUUAGUCUGUACGGAAUACUUAGGACUAUCUCUUUAUAUUAAUGAUAAUGCAUUUGGUAAUGGACUUUUCAUCUUAACUGGUAUACAUUUUAGCCAUGUUAUUGUUGGAGCUAUCCUUGUAUUCUUCACUCAAAGUAUCUAUAGUUCUUUAGUUACUUACAUGCCUACAAGCUCUAUAAUGCUAAGCAAAUCUAAAGAUAACUCCAUACCAGUGAACCGGUUUGUAACUCCCUUCAUAUCGUACCUGAAUGGUACUUUUUAG